AUGUCUCAAUUCGACUACGAGAAGAAUGCGGCCGAGUCCGAUAGGCAAGUCAAUGGUGGCGCUUACGACAACACUGCCGUCGUCGGCGACGGCAAUCUCAAGUAUACCGUCGAGGAGGGCGGGAACACCUCGUUGCCUACAUACCAGGAAGCCAGUGGUGCUCCGGUCGAAGUCAAGUCACCACUCGGAUACUCCGUUGGAUGGGUUACUAUUCUGUUCUUGAAUCUGAGCAAGAUUAUUGGGACAGGUAUCUUCUCCACGCCAUCAACCAUCUUGAGGGGCACUGGCUCCGUCGGCCUUGCCCUCUUCUUCUGGGUAAUCGGCUUCCUGAUCGCAGCAAGCUCGCUCACUGUGUAUCUGGAAUUCGCGUCGUACUUCCCCAGCCGAUCGGGGGCCGAAGUCGCGUAUCUCGAGCAGGCAUAUCCGCGCCCGAAAUAUUUCUUCCCGACUGUGUUUGCGGUGCAGACUGUUAUCCUUUCUUUCAGUAGCAGUAAUGCUAUUGUCCUGGCGCAGUACUUGUUCAAGUUGGCCGGACAUACACCGAGUCCGUGGGAGCAGAAAGGCGUUGCUGUUGCUGGGUACACGGUUGCCGUCUUUUUUCUAAUUUUCAACACCCGCUGGUCUCUCAGGCUGUCCAACGCUAUCGGAUUCAUCAAGCUCCUGACUCUGAUCUUCAUUGGCAUAACCGGCCUAGUCGUCCUCGGCGGCCACACCAGAGUCAAAGAUCCCACGGUCAACUUCCGCAACGCCUUCGAAGGUUCCUCUGACGCAACGGCCUACGGCGCUACAAACGCCAUCUACAAAGUCAUUUUCGCCUAUGCCGGGUACGACAACGCCUUCAACCUCGUCAACGAAGUCAAGAAUCCCAUCAAGACCUUGAGAUGGUCCGCCCCCCUCUCCCUCCUCGUGGCCACAAUUCUCUAUAUGCUAGCAAACAUCGCCUAUUUCUCCGCCGCCACGAAAGAAGAGAUCCUCAAGUCCAAGGCUGUCGCCGCGAGCGUGUUCUUCGAGAAUGUAUUUGGCACUAGCGGGGCGGCAAAGGCGCUAAAUUUCCUGAUCAUGCUGAGUGCGUUUGGAAACCUGUUGGCCGUGUUGGUUGGGCAGAGUCGGGUUAUCAGGGAGUGUGGGAGACAAGGCGUCCUCCCCUUCACCAAAUUCUGGACCUCCACGAAACCUUUCGGAACACCGCUGGGGCCGUAUUUCCUGAAAUGGGCACUCACGAUUCUGAUGAUUAUCGCGCCGCCGGCUGGUGAUGCGUUCAAUUUCGUCAUCGACCUAUCAAUCUACCCUAGCUCCUUCUUCCAACUCACCCUCGCUGUCGGCCUGCUCGUCUACCGCUGGCGCCGCAAGCACGUCGGCCUGCCCAAGGCCGAGUACCGCGCCUGGGACGUCGCCGUCUACUUCUGCAUCGCCGCGAACCUGUACUCGGUCAUCAUGCCGUGGUACCCGCCCGCCGGCGGCGCGACCGGCGGCGACGUGAGCUUCUGGUAUGCCACGUAUUGCGUGGUUGGGAUUGGAAUUAUCAUUUUCUGCGGGGUCUAUUACUACGUGUGGAUCCACGUGUUGCCCAAGUUCGGGAAGUAUGAGAUUAGGCAGACGGUGCUGGUGUUGGAUGAGUCUGGGGCGACGACGCAUCAGCUGGUAAGGGUGCCGAAUGCGGAGCUGGCGGCGUGGGAUGCGGAGCAUGAUGUUGUGGGAAGAGUGGUGCAGAGGAGGCCUUAUGGGGAGGAUGAGUCGAAGUAGGGUGUGCUGUGUGUGUUGUGCACAAAGGCGGCAGCAGCUGAGAGCGUAAAUGAGGGUUAGAGAAGAGGAUGUUAUGCGGAUGAGGAAUGCUUGAAUUUGGGGGAAACAGUGCUGUUGAAGGGCGUGGUAUUAGUGUGCUUUGUGUGUGCUAAGUCGGGGAAAUCUUGAAAUGUUCAACGAUAGGAUGAUGUACAGAUGUUGGUAAAUAAAGUGAAAAUACAAACACGUUCAACCGAC